AAACACUGUAUAUUAAUGUUUGCUUGUGUUUGUGAGAGAGAAGAAGAGGUUAGUGAUGGAUCUGAAAGGUACGCCGGUUGAAAAUGAAUACCGUAUGCCUGCUGAAUGGGAACCCCACUCUUGUUGUUGGAUGGGUUGGCCGGAGCGUCCAGAUAACUGGCGAAAUAAUGGAGUCCACGGUCAGCGUGUAUUUGCAACUGUAGCAUCUGCUAUUUCAAGAUUUGAACCAGUAACAGUCUGCGCUAGUGCUGCUCAGUGGGAAAAUGCAUGCAACUUGUUGCCUAAACAUAUCAGGGUUGUGGAGAUGAGCAUCAAUGAUUCUUGGUUUCGUGAUACUGGUCCAACUUUUGUCAUCAGAAAUACCACAGCAAAUGCAGAACAUGCAGUGUCAAGUGUUGCAGGGAUUGAUUGGACCUUCAAUAGCUGGGGUGGUGUUGAUGAGGGUUGUUACAAAGACUGGAAUCUUGACCUUCUUGUUGCAAGAAAGAUUUUGGCAAUUGAAAAGCUCCCAAGGUUUCCGCAGUCUAUGAUUCUUGAAGGUGGAAGCAUUCAUGUUGAUGGAGAAGGGACUUGUCUCGCAACAGAAGAGUGUCUCCUGAACAAAAACAGGAAUCCCCAUUUGUCUAAGGAACAGAUUGAGAAUGAACUAAAAGCAUAUCUUGGAGUCAGGAAGAUUAUUUGGCUGCCUCGAGGGUUGCUUGGUGAUGAGGAUACAAAUGGUCAUAUCGACAACAUGUGCUGUUUUGUGAAACCUGGUGUUGUUUUGUUGUCUUGGACUGAUGAUCUAUCUGAUGAACAAUAUGAAAGAUCCUUUGAAGCACUCUCUAUUCUUGAAAAUACUUCUGAUGCCAGUGGUAGAAAAAUACAAGUGAUCAAACUCCAUGUACCUGGGCCACUCUAUAUGACAGAUGAGGAAGCAGCUGGAAUAGUUCAGGAUGGUAAAGCUAAACCUAGGCCGUCAGGUACAAGGCUUGCUGCUUCUUAUGUAAACUUCUACAUUGCUAAUGGUGCAAUUAUUACUCCGCAAUUUGGGGAUAAAAAAUGGGAUGAAGAAGCUAUUAGAGUCCUCUCACUGGCAUUUCCAAAUCAUGAGGUUGUAGGAAUUGAAGGUGCUAGGGAAAUUGUACUGGCAGGUGGAAAUAUACAUUGUAUCACACAGCAGCAGCCAACCGGCCCAGAAUAAUCACCCAAGAUUAUAAAUGAUUCCAUAUCUUAGCAGAUGGAUAAUAAGAUUUGGCAUUUGCAAGUGAUAACAUGGGAAUUCUUCGCGAUCACAUGUUCAAGAUGAGCUUUAGUUUCUGUAUUUGUUUGUUCUUUCGAGAUUCUGGAGUGCAAAAAUAAUGUCUGGAUCCAGGUCAAAGUACGAUUUUUUUU